CUAGAAAUAAACUUGUCUCACUUUCGAAUUUUCCCGCAAAAACCCCUCCGUAAGAACGAAACCCUAAUCCCCAAUUUGAAUUCACACUCCCCCAACAAAUUUCUCCUCGUCUGUUGCAACAAAAGCUCCGGCCAUGCGUGGAUUCCGAUUGCUCCGCCUCCGCAAAACCAUCCACACCUCCUCCGUCCAAAGCCCUAACCCCAUCCCCUUCGCCACCUGCUGCAAAUCCCGCAACUGCCCCCAGCAGCCGAGGAAUCUCCACUCCACUCCUGAACGCCGGUUCCCCUCCUCCGCCGCCACGGACAAUGAAACCGCCGCGCUCACCUGGUCGGCUUUCCCAAACUUGCCACGCCCGCCGCCGCCUAACCCGACUUCCCAGCAAACCCCUGCCGUUGAAACCGUCUACGACCCCACUGCCGACUGUCUGGUCACCACGACAGAAUCCAGUGGCGGCGCCGGCAUCGAAGUCGAGUCCGGCGGUUCGGAAGGAGAAUGUGCACCGAGUCUCGAGGCGAGCAGUCGAGUAUACCGCGAUGUCAUCGGCAGCAGCAGCGUUGGCGGCAGCGUGAGGAAGAAGGGGAAGAUGAAGAGUGUCUUUGUCUGCGUGGACUGUGGGUACUCGGAUGGAAAGUGGUGGGGCAUGUGCAGGGAGUGCGGGGAGGCGGGUACCAUGAAAAGGUUUGCAGUUGAAAGCGCCCAAGUCGAGAGCGCCCAGGAGAAGAAAGGGUGUGGGACUCGUUUGCCAGAAAACCUGGAAAGGUCAUGGCUGCCAAAGGAGGCGACUCCUGUUCGGUUGUCUGAUGUGUCUAAUCAGAUUGAUGAGUCAAAUUGGCGAUUUCCUUUGCGUGGAGAAUUUGGAGCUGAAGUAGAGAGGGUUCUCGGUGGCGGUUUAGUCCCAGGUUCUCUGGUGUUAGUGGGUGGAGAUCCUGGGGUGGGUAAAAGCACGCUAUUGUUGCAGAUUGCUGGAUUGAUAGGAGAAGGGGAUAAUGAAGAUGUUCCAUCUCGAGUUUUAUAUGUAUCUGGGGAAGAGAGUGUUGAGCAAAUUGCAAAUAGAGCUGACCGUCUGCAAAUCCAAACAGAAGGACUUUUUCUGCAUUCAAAUACAGAUGUUGAGGAUAUUCUGGAACAGGCUCAGCCUCUUUCUCCAAAGGCUUUAAUCAUUGAUUCUAUUCAGACCGUCUAUUUACAGAGAGUGACUGGAAGCGCUGGAGGUGUGACACAGGUGAAAGAAUGCACUUCAGCAUUACUAAGGUUUGCGAAGAAGACGAAUAUCCCUGUACUUUUGAGUGGGCAUGUGACCAAAUCCGGAGAAAUAGCUGGGCCACGUCUUUUGGAGCACAUUGUGGAUGUUGUUUUAUAUAUGGAAGUUGUAGUAGAGGGGGAGAGACUUUCAUCUCAUCGAUUGCUUCGAUCAGUGAAGAAUCGAUUCGGCUCCACAGAUGAGCUUGGAGUUUUCAAAAUGUCAGAGGUUGGAUUGCAAGGAGUUCCUAAUCCAAGCGAAAUAUUCUUAGGUGAGCAGCACUCUAAUUCGGAUUACCUCGCCGGGUUGGCUGUGGCUGUGGUUAUGGACGGCUCACGAUCAUUUCUCAUUGAAGUUCAGGCACUGUGUGUGGCUGGCUCAUCUACCAUGACGCACGUGAAUGGUAUUCAACGUAGCAGAGCUGACAUGGUUAUUUCUGUAAGUGAUUCUUCUCAGUUCUUUAACUCACUCAAUGCUGGUGAGUCAAGCUGUAUAUGCCAUGAUUCAGUUACCAAGCAUUGGGUUAUUACGAAGCAAGCGGGUCUUAAGCUACAAGAGAAUGGCAUUUUUCUUAACAUUGUCAGCGGCUUCUUGGAAUGCCCCAUACCCAACGGCAUAGCAUUCAUUGCUGAAAUUGAUCUCAGUGGUGAACUUCGUAUGGUGCCUCAAAUGGAUAAAAGGGUCCACACACUUGCAAAGCUGGGUUACAAGAAGUGUAUUGUCCCAAAAUCUGCUGAGAAUUUGCUCCCUGCUGCAAAUCUUCUAGGAAGGUAUAGCGAGAUCCAAAAGAGACUGCAUCAUUAUUGCAAAUUACAUCUUGGUCCUGAAAUAUCAUUUAUAUCUUAUUGUAGCCGUAAACUUGUCAGCCGCAAUUUGUUGGGUUGUUUUGAUCUGGUUGAACGUAAUGGUUCCUUCGGUUUUGGUGGAUUUUGGAAUGUGAAAAGUUUUGAUUUCUUAUUCGCCGUUAAA